AUGUCGAGCUCAUUCGAAAAAUCGGUCAAGGGGGCCACCAAGAUAAAGGCUGCGCCGCCCAAGACGAAGUAUAUUGAACACAUUCUUGUUGCGACACAUGCCGGCGAAGCGGGCGUGGGGGAGGUCUUUCGCGCCCUUCAGUUCCGUCUACGAGACUCGACAUGGACCGUCGUUUUCAAGAGCUUGAUCACCGUUCACCUGAUGAUCCGUGAAGGCUCGCCCGAUGUCACACUUGCCUACCUUUCGAGGCACCCGAAUACGCUUGCUAUCAGCAGCUUCACCGACGCCCAGACACAAGGACGGAACAUUCGGCAUUACGCCGGCUACCUCGCCGCGAGAUCCAAAGCCUACCGGGAAACGAAGUGCGAUUGGGUGCGAACGAAGGAGUCUAGGCUAGAGAAGCUCUCCGUCGACAAGGGCCUACUGCGAGAAACGGAGAUUCUUCAAAGCCAGAUUUCGGCUCUUUUGAAAUGCGAUGUUCUCGAAGGCGAAAUCGAAAACGAAAUUACAGUCACCGUCUUCAGACUGCUCGUGCUUGAUGUGCUGGCUCUCUUCCAGGCAUUAAACCAGGGAAUGAUUAACAUUCUCGGCACCUUCUUCGAAAUGUCCAAGGUCGAUGCCGAAAGAGCCAUGGCCAUCUACCGCACCUUCACCAAGCAGACCGAUUUCGUGGUGCAAUACCUCAGCGUCGCCCGACAGUACGAGCAUCAAACAAGGGUCGAGGUUCCCAAGUUGAAGCAUGCGCCGGUUAACUUGGGUCGCCAGCUAGAGGAGUACUUGAGCGACCCAGAUUUCGAAGUCAACCGGAGACAAUACAUUGCUGAGCAGCAGGGCAAGAAGAACAAGGUAGGAGGAGUGUCAAAGCCGACGACCAGCGCAUUCGACUCCAAACCUGCGGCAAACAAUCCUUUCCCGAGCAGUACGUUCCCGAGCACGAAUGGCUUGUCGCAGCCAAAGACCGAGACCGCCAAGGGCCCUGCCCCCGAUCUGAUCGACUUCUUCGAGUCUAUUGAGCAGAACCAGACAACCAUGGCGCCGAACGCACAACAGCACCAGCAACAGCAACAAAUGCCGAUGCAGACCGGUUUUGCCAACAACAGUCCCUUCCAACCGCAACCCACUGGAUUCCAGCAGAAUGGCUUUGCGCCUCAGCCGACAGGAUUUGUGCCGCAACAGACAGGCUUCGCUUCUAACCCGUACCAGCCGCAGAGCACGAAUCCGUUCGGCCAGCCUCAGCAGCAACAACAACAACAACAGCCGCCCCAGCAACCACAGCAGCAGCCAGUGGCUCAGCCAUUGCAGCCCAGCUUCACCGGAGCUGGGUUCGGAGGCUUCUCGCCCCAGCCUUAUCAGCCGGGUACACUUGGUUCAAUACCGCAAGACUCUGUGGCAAGCUUCCCGACAGGCAACACAGGCAUGCUGAGCCCUCAAGCCGGCCAGCAAAUCACCAAUCCUUUCCGGGCAUCCAUGCUGAUGGCCCAGCAAACGGGCAUGUCUACAAACACGGCAUUUUCGAACCCGGCGAGCCCCAACAUGCAGAGGCAGUCUACAAACCCCUUUGCCAGAUCCUCACCUCAAGCCCAGCAGCCAUUCUCACCGGCUCCUAGUAAUUCACCAUUCCAGACUCAGCCUCAACCUCAGCAACAAACACAGCAACUUCCCACGAUUGCUCCGUUGCAGCCAAUGAUGACUGGUACCAACCCAUUCGCCAAGAACUUCACCGGCUCUCAACUCCAGCAGCAACGGCCUGCAACUAGCUCUGGAGCCAUCGUGCCUCAACCAACAGGCACCACAAACCCCUUCCGCCAGGGCUCCUUUGUCAACCAUCAAACCGGCAUGGGCUGGCAACAUAACCAACAGCCAAUGGGUGGCGGACUAGAUACUCUCGAGACGACGCCCGUUUUCCCCCGACCCAUCCAGCAAAGCCCCUGGCAGACAUAA